CCGUCCAUCUUCCCUGGGGUGCUUAGAUCCUUUGCUAGGAUUUUUGGGCUUGCAAUUGAUGACUUGCGCAGGAGGUUUGAGGCUACUGGAUCCACAGGGUUAGGCGUUGCUUUGGCCGAAGGCGUGUCUGCGCUUGAUCGGCUAGGAAGCUACUGCUUUACUGGGUUUCCUAGGUCGUUGAUGGGUUCGGUGCUCAAACCUCUGGGUACCAUAGAUGGAAUAGAGCGCGGGGCAUGGCCAUACAUCAAUCCCCGAAUGCUAGAUCUCCAGGGCGGUGGCACGCUCAGUCUCGCACAGUGGCCGCGGGGUAAAAAUGGCCGACCAUUGCUAAUGCAUGUAGCGUCCAUCGCAUUCCACUACGGGUCAGAGGUGGCAGCAAGCCGUUACAGCAAUGUGUGGUUCCAAGAGCUAGGCGGCAUACGGGCAAAAGGGCCGAGUGGUGUGGCCGAGUUCCUAGAGGAGAUGUUCCGGGAAUUAUGGUUCAGUCGUACAUUGAACAAAGGCAGUCGAAGCCAGAGAGGCAGUGGGACGCAAGAGAGCGAAGAGCACCAGCGGGAGCUUGUACGGCAAUGGUCCCAAUCCAGGAAACCAUUCUCGGGUUUUUCAGCACUAACGUCUAGGUCAAAUAGAGAGUACGAACCAGUUUUUUCGCUCUUUGUCUCUAGAGAUGCUGCCCUGCCCACCUUUAUAUCAACCAAGACGCGACGAGACUUUGCUGAGGAGCUAUACAACAGCAGUAUGCAAUCCAAUGGGUCGGCGAAUAAAUCCUUCACAUCCAGCGCUUCCAACAGUACUCUCUUACGUAGCGUAACCGUAACGGCUCACAAUCCUCCUACGGCUGUACUUCUCGCGAGAAGUUACGCCGUAACUGCUAGACCAGUUCUUUUGAAGCUGCAGAGCCUUAAUCAGAUUAGCGGUAUCAACCUAGUGCUCCUUGACGAGAUGAGAGACAAUAUGGUUAUACCUGUUGAUAACUUUAGCAGCUCUGCGAUUGCCCUGGAGGUGGCACCUCUUGCAGAGCCAAAUCUUCACCUUCAAGCUGUCCUCGUCCUCGUACACCAAGUCUGCGCCGUGGAGCCAAACCUAGGAGGUCUGACAAUUGCCACGGAGCUGGCUUUUACGUUGUCCCACUCAAUGGUGAAAGAGACCCCAGCAUUAAGACUACCUAGGAACUCCUUUAACAAGGCCUCUGCCCCAGGAGCUGGGGAACCCUCCAAUAGACGUGAUGAUAUACCUCACUUUGCAGAGAGGAGCCGGCUUGAGAGGAUCCCUGGGAGGAGCUGGCUUAGGAGGAUCCCUGGGAUGAGGCUGAGUAUGGGCAAACAUGUCCAAUCAGGGUCUAUAUUGCUAGGAAAUAUCGACUUUUUGAGACGUACUACGGUACGUAGGGGCAGAGAUGUGAGCCGUAAGUUACGGCUCAAAAAGCAAUUACGUUCACGUACUACGGUUACGUACUACGGACUGUUGGAAGCGCUGUUCACAUCUCAGAAUGCGACAUGGUUCUCGGUCCUCCGCGCAGCCGCCCGAUACACGGCUACAAGCUCGAUGAGUAGGGAGCUCUGGAUUGGUGCACUGUGCGUUGCAAUGAUUUCUAGCGAGGUUGAAUGCAUGCCGGGGUCAUAUCAAUCAAGGCUCAGCUAUCGGAGGCGCUCACAGCAAGACCGGGCAGCCUUAAACGGGUAUCUAGGGAGGCAGAACACAAGGCCAAACGUCCACUAA